UGUGUGUUGUUGUGUUGUUGUGUAGCGGCCUGCAGGGGGCGCUGAGCAGCAGCUCCGCUCACCGGAACUCAGCAGUUGUUUAUCAGCUGUGUGAUUCAACAUGAGCUCGGUGUCGGUGUCGGCGGAUCGGAUGGUGGAGGUUUACCUGGACCUCCUGUCGCAGCCCUGCCGCGCGGUCCACAUCCUCCUCAACUGCACCAAGAUCCCGCACCGGGUCCGGACCGUGGCUCUGAGGAGAGGAGAGAACAGGAGCCCGGACUUCACCAAACUGAAUCCGAUGCAGAAGGUUCCUGUAAUGGUGGACGACGGCUUCGUCCUCACAGAGAGUGACGCCAUCUUGAAGUACCUGGCCACUAAGUAUGACGUCCCCGAGCACUGGUAUCCACGGCAACCAGAGAGACGAGCCAGAGUGGACGAGUACACAGCCUGGCAUCACAGCAACACACGACCACACGCUGCUAAAGUCUUUAUAACAGAGGUGCUCCUCCCGGCUCAGUCCGGCUCUUCGGUGGAUGAGGUGCGUUUGAUUCAUGCUCUGUCUCAGCUGGACGACACUCUGGACAAACUGGAGUCCAUGUUCCUGCGCAGACAGCCCUUCCUCUGCGGCGACGACGUCACCGUGGCCGACCUGCUCGCCGUCUGCGAGCUCAUGCAGCCACUGGGGGGGGGCAGGGACGUCCUGCAGGCUCGUCCUCAGCUGCAGAGCUGGAGGAGCAGGGUGCAGUCGGCCGUCGGCGACGCCUUUGACCGAGCUCACACCGUCCUGUACGCCCUCAGAGACCGCCGCAAGGCCAAGCUGUGAUGUCAUCACAGGGGGCUGGCACACAGGAGUGAUGUCACACAGAGAGGGUGGGGCCAGGAGACACCUGCAGCCAGACUGAGGGAAGAGCCCUUCAUCAUCAUCAACGAUUAAGACGACAAUUACGAUGAUGAUGAUCAUCAGUGUGGGCGGAGCCUGAGUCAGGUGUGUUUGGUCUCUGUCCUCCUGUGGAGUUUCUCUUGUUUUAUUAAACGUUCUGUCAAUAAUCUGAACUCCUGUUUGGAAUCACUUUGAUUGAUCUGAUUGAUCGAUGGAAACUGUCUGAUCCACGGCAGCACUUAAACUCACCACAGCUUCAUUGAUCACUGAUGACACGUUCAGUGACUCUAAUGGUGAAUAGGAUUUUUGUAAUGACGAAAAAUAAAUUUGAGAUUUUAUUUUUA